AUGCAGCGCAGUCCGUCGGCGCUCAUCGAGAGCAUCUCGGCACUGCGCAUCUCCGAUCCCGACGACAGCGACAACGAGACGGCAUCGGCGACGCGAGGCAAGCCGCACAAUGGCGUGCCGCUCCUCGAGGCGCCGCCCGUGCGGGCAUUGCUCGCCGAGACGGCCGCCAACAUCGACGAGAUCCGACGCGCCAUCUUCGUCGCCGAGGAGCAGCGCCACACGGGCCGCUUCCUGCCGCCGCCAGUGGCAGAUGCCGCGGACGAGGCAGCGGGCGAGGCGGCGCAGCCCAGCGAGCUGGACCAGGCCCUGAUGAGCCUCGACGGGCAGCUGGGCAGCGUCAGCGGCGCGAUGAGCUCGCUCGAGGCGUCCAUCGAGGCGCUCGAGGCCGCCUGCACGCCCAAGCUCGGCAACGGCAACGGCGUAGACGGCGAGAUGGCGGCGUGGGCAGAAGGGCGCUCAAGGCGCGACAGCACCGGCUCGCAGGCCAGUCUGUCCAGCUUUGCCUCCUUCGACGAUGCCGUUCGCUCGCGCAACGGCGGUGCCUCAGGCACUGCUGCGCUGCGCAGAGAGUUUGUCGCGCUCUCGGCAGAGUGGGCCAAGGUGCAGCAGGAGGCCGAGACGCUGAAGCGCGAGCUGGGCGAGGACAAGUACGUCAGUGUCUUCCAGAACGUCAGUGGACAGGCGUCGGGCAUGAUGGACUCGCUCGACAAGGCGCUCGCUGUCUGCGCCGACUUCAUCACCUCUGCCACGACGCUGCGUGCCGAAGCUGCAGACUUUGAGGACGAGCGAGAGGAGCGCAACGCCCGAUUAGCCGACCUGCGCGCACGGCGACAUGUCUUUGAGGUCAAGCGUGGGCACUACGGCCCAGCGUGCGAGCAGGUCUUUGGCGUCCUGGAGCGCGGUCUGCGCGAUCGCGCCACGAGCAACGGUAGCGUACUGCGCAGCUUCAUGGAGCUCAAGUCGCGCUGGCGUGCGCUGCGCGAGGCUAUGAGUCGCAUGGAGAAAGAGAUGCGCCGCGUCGAGGCACAGCUGCUCUACAGCGGUCAUGCCAGCUCUGACAGUCCGGCGAGCAGCAGCGUCAUCAGCGUUGCGAGCCCAGGCGCCAGCAGCUCCAACUCAGGCACGCCGACGAGGCCACGCGUGGGCCCCAAGAGCAGCAUGCGAACGAGCCCCGGCAUGCCGGCGCGUCGCAGCCCCAGUGCAGGCAACUUGGUCGGCAUCGCAGCGUCCGGCAUUGCUGCCCCGCCGAAGCCGCCAAAGAGCGCUCGCCGGCUCAGCAGCAUCGGGCCAGAUGGCCCGCACGCCAUUCCCGUUCGCACGUCGAGCGCAGCGUACGCGCAGACGCCGGGCUCGUCCAGCCUGACACCACCUGCGAGCCGGCUACGCAAGGCGCCAUCAUCGAAUACGAUGCGUACGCAGGAGCCCGCUGGCCGCUUCGGAGCUGUGCCGCCGCCACACCUGGCGGAUCGGCCGGCGUGGAAGGGCAGCAGCAAGGUGCAGGACGAGGUGGAGGUCAACGAGCGGUCUGUGCACGUCUCAGCUUCUGGGCGCACCACGCCAGGCAGCAGCUUCAGCCCUUCGCGGCCGCACCGCCUGCGGCCGCAGCAAGAUCCGCCCGUGCCGCCGAGCUCCUACCGUCCGCCUGGCCUCUUCGCACCACCUUUCUCGGCGCGAUCAAAGACGCCGCAGCCGCAGCCGACGUGGUCUCGCGGCGCCUCUGAGCCGCCACCGGAUCUCGACUUCAAUUCUCACGCGCGCCGAGCUGCGCCGUCAGUGGGCGACAGCUCGAUGGAAGACGUCGGCAACGUCAGUCUCGACUCAUUCACGUCGCGUCCCGCACGGCCUUCGAGCGUGGCGGGCAUGUACUACCGUCCGCCAAGCGCUGCGGGCACAGUGACGGACGAGCGAGGGAACAAGCGCAACAGCUUAAUCCCGCGGCUGGCCAUGCAGUCGAGUCAGGGCGCGACCGGCUCGCGGCCCAGCUCUGCCAUGUCGCAUGCCUCGAAUUCGGCAUUCGCCUCUUCUCCUCGUGGCCACUACGCUGGUCCGAGCCGCAGCACCAUGCAGACGCCUGAGCCUACGAUUGCGGCGCGUGUACAGCGGCUCAGCAUGUUUGCAAAGCCCUCCCGCGGCACGCCCUCGACCUCUUCUCCCGCGACGAAGCGCUCCAGUCGUCCGCCUCCCUCGCGCUACAACGUCGGCACGGCGCCGAGCGUGACGAGUCCGCUGAACAUCAGCAAGACCAGUGGCCGCACGACGCCCCUCAGUGCCGCUGCUCUCGCUGCUGUGCCGCACGCCGGCUUACCGGCCACUCGCUCUGUCUCGGGCGCUUCUUCCGUGAGCAACUUCCGUGCCACGCGCUCCGGUGGACGCGCCACUCCGACCUUCAGCGAUGCCGGCAACAGCAGUGUGGGCGGCUACAGCGCGUGGAAUGGCGGUGCCAGUCGGGGCGGAGCGCUCGAACAAUACCGCCCCAACCCGGCCGAUGCGCUCGACGUAGAGGUGGCGUACAUCAUCAAUGCGCUGGGCGUGGGCCUGGAGCGCGUCUCCGAACCGCUUCCGAGAGGCUUUAAGGCGGAGCCGAGACCUGGACAGGAGGUGCAGGCGCAGUACUCCAUCGGCGGCGCGAAGCCCGUCAUGUGCAAGCUGCUCGAGCUGCAUCGACCGGCUGGCUCGGCCGGCGCUCGCAGCGGCACCAAGGUGCGCAAGGUGCUGGCGCGCGUAGGAGGCGGCUGGAUCGACCUGGAGCAGCACGUCCUCUCGCGUCUGGGAGCCGUGUAG